UGUUGUGAAAGUGAUGGAUUUUUCAAGAAAGGCCAUUCUCCUUGUCGAUUUUUAGUGAUUUGACCGAUAUAACUGGUCCCGAUUUCACAAAUAACUGAUCAUAUUUCUUUAUCAAUACACCCACCAACUGAAAACACAAUGGACCGCGCGAAAUCAUACCUAUAUAAGAAGAAAACCGCAGUAGACGGUGUCGACAAACGUGUUCUCCGUGCUCAUCAAAAAACAGUCGAGCAGAAAAGUCGUCGUAAUGAAGCAGUUCAGAAGAAAAGAAACAUCCAACCCGAUCCUUCUGAAACAAUCAAGAAAGCAGCAACAAAAGAUCAAGCAUUGUCGAGAAAGGGGAUGUUAGCAAAAUGGAAGGAAGAACGAGAGUUGAAGAGAAAACUAGAAGCCAGAGAUAGGAAGAAACCAGGUUUCAAAGUUGUGAAAGUAGACCAUCAAGACAGUGAUGUAUUUAGCAAGUCCUCCUCUAAAUCAGUUGCUAACAUGGCUAAUGUUACACAGACAGGAAAAAAAGAUACCAAACAAGCAAAGAGGCAACAGAGCACCACUCAGGCCGCCAUCUCCACAACAAAGCCAGAGGUGUGUCGGCGUCAGACAAGAAGUUCCACCACCAUGCCACCAUCGACGAGGGUAACCAGAAAUAAUAAGAGCAAGCCUGCUCCACAAACAAAGAACACAAAGAAAGGGAAAGAAAACGCUCCUGAGAGCACCAGAAGAACUAGCAGUAAGACUAAGAGCACAGCAGAGAAGGCUAAGGCUUCAAGCACCUCAAGCAGUGGAACAGAUAGUGAAUCAUCAGGUUCUGGAGUUUGUCUGUUCAAUGCCAAGACUGUGCGUAUUGGUAGAGGAGAUCAAGGCAACCUAAGUAAAAGUGGAUCAGAGUCCGAGUCAUUUGCGCCAAUGGACUUCACUUUCACUGCCCCUGCUACUGUCAAACCAUUCAUUCUGAAACCACUCACUCCGACAAGUGCUGUCAGAUUCUUUUCCGGGACGGACUCAAGUGAAGAGGAGCUUGUUCCAACUUUUGAGUCGCCAGCACCCGGGAAGAAUAGCAGCGUGGCCCGAUCCCCAGUGGAAUCCUCAUUCCAGCCGGUAUCCUUCUAUGGAAACAAAGAAAACAAGACCCCAGCAUCCUCUAAGAGUAGGCAGUCCAUUCGCCGAUCAUUGGCUAUUAGCAGCACGUCUGCUUCAGAGACAGAGGCAGAAGUUUCAAUGUCUGCAAAAGGUCGCAAAAAGUCAAUUGCAAAUGAGAAGCCUAUAGACAGCCCAAGGAAGAGUUCAAGAAGGUCACGUGCUCACAAGUCUGGUGCUGGAGAAAAAGUGGAAGAUGUUAGUGGUGCUGUCGAGACCUCGGAGCUUCCAACUCCGUCCGCCUCGCGUCGUCGGAAGUCUGUACGUGCAUCCUUGGCCGCAAGCAGCGCGUCUGCGUCUGAAUCUGAAUCCGAAGUGUCUAAAAAGGGUCGCCAAAAGUCACUGGCAUCUGCAGCUGAGAAGCCUGUAGAUAGUCCAAGAAAGAGUGUGAGGAGGUCAUGCGCUCCAAAGUCUUCUGCUGGAGAAAAAGUGGAAGAUAUCAAUGGUGCUGUUGAAGAAGAUAAAACUGAGAACAUGGAAGUUGCAGAAUCACAGAUUGCUGCUGAGCGUGGUGUCCUUGAAAAUGCUCCAACUCCAACGGCUUCAGUUCCUUAUGACCGAAUUACCUCUACUUCAAAGGACAUUGACCACUUUUCCAAGACCCCUGUGCCAUUGUCGCGGAGUACGAAGAAGACUCAACGAGUCACAUGCAGAACUCUUGCCAAGUUGAAGUCCCCAGAAGAAAGAGUGGAAGUUCUGUCCCGAAGUCCUAUGAUCGAGAUGACCAGGAGAACGCCGAAAACAAAGUCACCAGUUGACCAUUAUUUGCCGGCCUUUGAUGACAGCGAUUUUCUGGGGCCACCGCCUCCAAUGGCCAGUAUGGACGAACCAGAGGACAUGCCAGUGGAACCAAUACUUGAUCAGCAACACGCCGGUACCACUCAGGGAGUGCCCUGUGAUUCUACCCAUUCCGAACCCGAACAUGAUAUGAAAUACUUCCGUGCACUCUUGGUGUCGGAAACUGACCGUUUGAAUGGACUGAGCGCGACCUGGGAUGAGAUUAAUGAGAAAACGGAUGGUCUCAAUGAAGAUUUAAGGGGUCAGAUUCGUACGACAUCAGGCCAAGCUCAGCUCCUCAUUUCCCAGAGAUUCAAGCAGUUCCGUGGUUUAGUCGACAACUGUGAGUUCAACACUGGUCUGAAACCCGUGGACUGUAGCGAUCUUCAGGGAUUCUGGGACAUGGUCUAUUUCCAGGUUGAGGAUGUGAAUGAUAAGUUUGAUAAGCUUGAGAAAUUGAAAGCUUCAGGGUGGGUGAUGGACAAACCCAAAGUCAAGAAAGUAUUGAAGAAAAAAACAACAGCAACAGUAAAACCAGCCAUCAAAAUCACUGCCAGAUCGAAGUUUGCUGACUUCCGUGCAAAGAUGAAACAACAGAAGCCUGAGGAACAGCCUGCAACUGCAGAAGUCGACUUGAUGAAACCAGUCACACCCAAAGUAGACAUAACAAAGCCGAUGUCACCAAAGUCUGCAGCUGAAAGAUCAACUACACCGGAAGAGGCAGAAAGAAAUUCAGACAAGUUGAAGACAUUCGAAGGAGGGUUCUUCCAAAUAGCUAGUCCAGUCCGAGUUGUGCCUCCUACUCCAACAACAAGCACUACACCUAAAACCACUGCCACCACACCCUCGGAACGUAGAUCCCUUGUGAAAACUGCUGUUGUGAACUCGGCAAGACGGUCAGGAGGCAUUCCAACAGAAAUGCCCAAAUCUGCAAAGAAAGCUCGUCAGAGUCUAGGUAUACCCAGCCCCUUGUUGCCUGGAUGUAUGGCUGAAACACGCACCACACAAAACAGCUACAGCGCUGCUAGUCCUCAGCUUGCGCCCCGUUCUUCAAUAUUCCUGGGCGAGAACACCCCAACAAUCUCGGAGACAGUGACCCAGAAGACUAGCAGUACAACGCCUGCCCUUGAAGCUCUUAGAUUGGAUGACAGCAUUAGUGGUGACGAUCAGAAAGAGGCCUCAUCACCAAGAAAGACACCAGCAAGACGGUCUUCAGUCAGGAAAACUCCCAAGGCAGACAAGUCAGUGAAAUUUUCUUCCAACGAAAUGGAUGUUGAUGAAGACUUUGUAUCCAAGUACUGUAUGCCCACCAUCAAGGAGUCCACCUCAAAACCAGUUUUGAUGGAAGUAGAUCCCUUUGAACACGAAAUCAAAGAUGCAGAAAUGCCUGGCCAGAUGAAACGUGACCUGAAGGAUGAAUUUGAUAAGCAUUCCAAGUCUGCUGAGAAGAUGACAAAGUGCAAGAGCGUGGCCAGUGCUCUCAAGACCGCAAAGAAGACACCGGCUGCCAUUAGGAGGCGCAGCGUGCGUUUCGUGCAAUCACCUGGUGUCAACGACGAAAUGGCCGCCCCUCUGCCACGUACGCCUUUCAACAGAGACAGUUGUACUGUUCCACAGCGUAGAAGGAGUAGCCGCCUGAGCAGUAGUUCCAGUAUGGGCAGCUGUUCUGGCCGAGUGUCUACCCCAAGACCCACUAAGCCUUGGUUAGAAGAUCUUUUAAUGUUAGAUUCCCCUCUGACCUCAACUGAUGGACCAGCAAAGGUUGUUGGCAGCCUUCUAUUCACCCCGGCUGAGUCUGCUAGUGCUGCCCCUACUGGCAGUGAUCUGAUUUGCUUCUCGCCUGUCGUCUCGGAGCAGACACCGAAAAGGAGGAAGGUGGAACCAGUGCGUCGUCGAUCCACUAGGACAGCCUCAAGAAGCGAAGAAAGUCUUCUAUGAAACUAAUACUUGUGAUUAUCUGUGUUGGAAAGGGUGCUGUAGACAACUGAAGGAGUCAGACCUCACUGAAAGAAGAAAGUGAGACGAUCUGAAAUCUAGCUGUGUGACUCUAAAGAUAGGGGCCACUUGGGAAGUGAAAAUAUAUUUUAUAGACAAUAGAUACAGUUAAUAGACAAUCUGGCUCCAUGACCCCACGGCUUUUCAGUCUUUGCUCGUACAUGUAUAAGAAGUUGAAUUGUAUUGAGAAGACAGUACAUACAUGCACACUGUAUAGUUAAGUUAAUCUUUCGGCUAUGCGGCAUUUAACCACUUCACUACGGGACGGGACGUUCCAAGGUAUUAUUAAAGAGUUUCCAUUGUACAUUACUUCUAUGUAUCAUUAUUUUAUCAGUUUCUAUAAUUCUGUUUGUGCAAGAUGCAUGGGAUGGCUUAUAUUCUGUAUUUCAUCUCUGGGAGGAAAUUAGGGUCGCAGCAGAAGGACAUGGAGUGGAUGAAGACGCUUUUGCAUCUGAACUCUUCAUAGAAAUUAAUUAUAGAAGGUAAUAAAAAAUAUAAGAAAUUAUAGAAAAGUUCAUUUUUUGUCGAUUUCUGUUUUGAUGAGCAUAAUAACAAUAACAUAAGGGCCUGUUUCUCAUUUCAUUUUUGAUUGAUAUUUUGCAUGGCAUCUGAAAUUGUCCUCAAAGGCCAGUGAUGAUGGAUGUUUGUUAUGCUCUGUGGCUGAAUGAACACCUGUAAAGGUUGUGAUAAUAAUGUAAUUAAAAAAAAAUCAGUGAAA